AUGUUUAAGGAUUAUUAUUCUAUAUUAGGUGUAUCCCCUAAUGCCUCCGCCGAGGCGAUUAGGAACGCGUUUAAGCAGCUUGCCCUUCGAUGCCAUCCGGAUCGAUUUUUGCCCAAAGCUUCCGUAGGAUGCUCAAAUGCGUUAAUAGCGGAUGUCAACAGCGUGCUUGAACCUGCCGCCUUGCCAAAGUUUACCGAUGUUCAGGAGGCGUAUGAGGUGCUCGGUGACGUCUCUCGGCGCUACCUUUUCGAUCUUAAUUACGUCGAUUUGCUGAAUCAAAAGCGGGUUUUGGAAGAAGACUUUAGGUUAGAACGGGAGCGAGAAAGAAAUCUCGCCGCAGAACGGGAGCGCGCCGUGCAGGCGUUCCUUGAAAAACCUGUUGAGGCGUCUACCCAGAAGUAUUCCAAUGCCUAUCCAGCCGGGAUUAUAAACGACAGCGUCUCCAAGUUUAGUUCGCCCGAAUGCUCUAUGGAGCCCGAUAACGAGCCGAUUUCCCCAAGUUUCGAAAUACCAGCGAUCCAUAACUACCACCAAACCCCCGUGCUAGGCGGGAAACCUUUCUAUAACCGGAAACCUCCGGAGUCGCCCAAGCGCGCGACUAAGGCGCCUCCCACAACUUUCCCCCCGCUAAAAUCCGAACGCUCUUCGAACCGCUCAACCAAAGGUGGGCGGAAUACGCCGUCCAAUCCUUUUUGGUUUUCCGCACAGUCUUCGUGCAAAUUGUCGUCGAGCGCGGACGACGAGGCGUCGGUCGGGGAGGGGCUCUCCACCUUGCGCGGGAUCUCCCUCGGGAUCCCCUCCAUCGUUCCUUCGCUUUUCACCCCUUCCACGGCCGGGACGCGAAAUCGCGGCAGCUCUCGAAAUCACGACGCCAAAUCCUCUGGGAAACUCCACGUCAACUCCGAAGACGUCUCACACGCCCAGGCGAUUAAACGGACGCUUGAGGUCUUCUUUUUGGGAAGAAAGGAAUGUAGUGCGAAUGUGUAG